AUGACGACGAUACCAGCAGCCUUCCUCCUCGUCACCAUUAUGCUCCUCUCCGGCGGUGCCUCCUCUAGGACGGUGGUGGUGAGGUGGCAUCACCACCACUCCGAUGACAAUGACUACGAGACGGUGUUCGAGUGGCAGGAGGCUGACCGGGUGGAGGCCCUGCUAGGGCAGCCGUCGGAGGUGGGCUUCCGUCACUUCUCCGGGUACGUGACGGUGAACCAGAUGCACGGCCGCGCGCUCUUCUAUUGGUUCAUGAACACCGUCUGCACGGCCAACAACAACUCAUCCUCCUCCUCCUCUAGCAGCGGUGGCGGUCAGCACCGUCCCUUAACCUGA